UUACCACUUGGAUUUCUCUCAGCCUGAAUGGCAAGCUGCUGCUGGAUGCCCGUGUGCUAUUGCACUGUUACGAUUGGGGUAGAACUAGAGGUUCAUCAGCUUGUUUGAUCUGCUGCCCCAAAAUUAAUUUUAAAAGUUCUUAAACGUUACUGAAUAGUUGGGUAAAUACGAGUACAAGCAGUGUAAAAUUCAGUCGAGCUGGCUAGAAGCACUCGAGCACCUUGUCUGCUGCAUGGCUGAAAUGGUUACAACCCACUUGGCAUUCUGCACAGCUUCAUGCAGCAUUUGCCUCCGGCUCCUCAGACAACAGCUUUGCGGUCCUGAAAGUGAGAGGUUGAGAGGAGAGGCCUAAUAGAGCCUCCAAGUAGCCUGAGCGCAGAAAGGCCAGCAGGGAUUCGAGGCACGGACAUGGCCUGGGAACCGCGACCCGGCUGACCAAGACGAAACCUGCUUCUAGAAGGCUGCAAGGUGACGGAGACUUUAUUGUCUUCGCUUUCUCGAAGGCGAUAACUGAGGACUCGGCUGAGCGCUGAGGAACGCGUACUUUGAUGAUGAAAGUCACCCCAGGGGUGUGGUUCUGGAAAGAUGACACCAACACACUUGAAUUUGCAAGCUUUGCCCCAGCACCUGAUGCUAAAGAGAAACUCAAGAAGGGCAAAGCAAUCCAUUUUCAGGAAAUGAGUAGUAAAACAGCAGACAGGUCAACUCCCACUAUGUUUCAAGAACUGUUUGGUGCAAAAUUCCCUGAGAAGAGAUUAAAGUCAGUAGAAGAGAUAUCGCCCAGGCUCUCAAAACGUGGACAAAAAGAAUAUGUGACCUUGGAUGAUGUUAAAUAUGCUGCUCUGUUUUUAGUACAAGAAAAUGGAUCAUACCAUAUAUCCUCUUUUACAACAAUUAUGAGGAGUAGACAGCUUGAUGAAUUCCUCAUGGCUCUGCUUUACUACUUGUCUUAUUUUCUGGAGAAAAUCGCACUGGAAAAGAAACCGAAAUCUUUAAUGGGGACUCUGAACUUGCUAGAAAGAAAGGACAUGGAGGAGGCACUAGUUAAGCUCUCCAUAGCCAAGACACAGCUUGCCAAGAUAUACUGCAUCCUCAUUCUUGGACUGGGAAUGGCUGAUCAGCAUCACAUGGCUUGCGGCAAGCGAAAAACAUCAUCGUCACAGAAAGACCGGGAGUUCUUUGAGUGCUUCUACAACUUUUGCACAUAUGUAGCUUGGGUGGCAUUCAGACGGAAACACUUCCAGGAGAUUCAGGAGGAAAUCGGCAGGCUGCUUCGCUCUGAUGUAUUCAAUCCCGCACUGAAGGAGAAGAGGUACCCUGGAGUGCAGUGGUCAACAGAGGCCUCUGCUGAUCAGAGGAAAGUGCUCUUUCCAUAUGACAGGAGUGUGUACGCCAGGCGUCCGGCCAUAAUGAGUGUGGUGGGUCAGCGCUCGCCAGUGCUCAGCACACUGUUGCCCCUGCCCAAGGACAGUGCCCAGUAUCUCUUCCAGAACCAUUACCUGCACCGGGGAAGGACCGCUCCUGCCAACAAGAGCAAGGACCACCUGGACUUCACAGCAGUUGUGUUUACACCCAAGGUAGGCAUCAUUGGAGCCCUGCGCAGCAAGUUCAAUCAUCAUACACUCAUGCCUAUUGGGGGGAUGGAGGAGGAAGAGGAGGAUGAGGAAGAGGAAAGGUCAAAGCAGAGCAGCUCCUCUGUCUACUCGUACAACCUGAUGUCAUCGUCCCACAGAGGCGUCCUCAGUGGAUGCAGUCAUCGGAGCAUCGUAGUCUCGAGAACCACUACGGAGGGGGACUAUUCUGAGAAUGGCUAACAUUCCUAGCAUUAGGGUUAGUUUUACUGUGUGUAAAGGUGUUAAGUAAAUAACUGUGAAGUUUAAUUUUUAAAAGCAGGUAUCAUUUCUCAUCAGCAGCAUAGCUUAGUGCAUGGAGUUAGGAUGCAGGACUCUUAGGUUUAUUCCUGGCUCUGCUAGGUGGACACGGGUAAGUCACCUCGCCUCUUGUGUCUUAAUUUGUCCAUCUGUACAAUGAGGAAAGUGAUAUUGAAAUGCUGACGUCUACAGAUCAGAAGAAUUUAAGACUCGUGGAAAAGUUCUGAGAAGACUUGGCUGGUUAGGGCUGAAAUCGUUUUACAAGAUGUUCUCCUGAUCUUGUCAGUAUAUCGCUUUUAUUCCUUUUUGAUUGCACUGUGUUUUGCAUAUGCUACCAAUGCAGAAUAAUUCACGGUACAUUUUACACAGGAAUAGCAGAGAAGUACACCAUUGUUUCAAGACGUAUGCUGAGAUUUUCUGUUGUUCCUAAUUGGUAUCGCUUUAUGGAAGUUUAAAGAGCUCUGCUUAUCUACGUUGCAUGAGGAUUUGCUUUGCAGGUUUUAAUUCUGUAUGUUUGGUAUCUACAUAAAUCCCAAGGAUUUAUAUUAGUAGGGAAAGUGCAUCCAAACAUUGGUUUAAAUGUGCAUUUGGGUUAUCAACAGGUAGAAAUAAAAGCAGAUGCCUCAUAAAAAAAUUAGGAGUGUUCACUUA